AUUUCUUCCAACAACCUACUAUCUUCUUCUUCCCCAAGUCGCCACCUUGGCUGUUGCCCGAUUUUCACCGGCCGUAACUUUUCUUUCACUCUCUCUUUUUCUAAUUGAUUUUUAUUUUGUUUUGUCCCGUAUUUUUUGCCCCUGCUCCACAUUGUUUUUUGUUCGGGAUCGGCUUUGACUUGUCUAGCCGCCGUCUGAAAGGGAGGACACCUUGAGUCACGACUGAGCUACGAGAAUCUAAACUUCGAGUAUUAGUUAGUCCGCUUGGUCGAUUCAUGUUCAGCUGAGAUGGUACAAAGAGAGGUCAUAAACUAGUUCGAAUCAUGGCUGGCACGGCAAAGUUGUUGGAAGGAUUUUUGUGAAGAAAUAGAAGAGCACUACAUGGAAUCACAAUGAUGGUUUCACGUUUAGUUUUUUGUUGAUUUUAUUAGAAAUCAAGGCCUUUGAUGGCCGGCAAUCCUCAGUCCCAACAUCGUUGUGUUUUUGUUGGUAAUAUCCCCUAUGAUGCUACUGAAGAACAACUUGUUCAAAUAUGCGAGGAGGUUGGGCCGGUUGUUUCCUUUAGAUUAGUUAUUGAUAGAGAUACUGGAAAACCAAAAGGUUAUGGGUUUUGUGAGUACAAGGAUGAAGAGACUGCUCUAAGUGCUCGUCGUAAUCUUCAGGGUUAUGAGAUAAAUGGUCGACAGCUAAGAGUUGACUUUGCUGAGAACGACAAGAAUGCUGAACGGAAUCGUGAACAGGCUUNGGGCCGUGGUGGUCCUGGUGUUCCCUCAAAUGUUGAUGGUUUAAAACAGUUGGGGGGUCCAGCUGGACAAUCAAGUCUUCACCAGCCAAUGGGGGACUCAGUUGCUGUUGCUGCUGCAACUGUUAUGGCAGGAGCUCUUGGAUCUGGACAAAGUCAGAUUGGACUUCAAAGUCAGCCCGUGUUAGGAGCUGAUCCUCUGACUCGUCAUUUGGCCAAAUUUUCAAGCAGGCAGCUGAUAGAGGUUAUGUCUGCAAUGAAGGUAAUGGCUACAAAAAAUAAGGAACAGGCACGGCAGCUCUUACUUGCCAUCCCGAAUUUGCCUAAAGCUAUUUUCCAGGCCCAGAUUAUGCUUGGAAUGGUGUCCCCUCAAAUGUUGCAGAUGCCCAAUAUCCGGCAAUCCUCUACUCAACCACUUCAGCCUCUCGUGCAAAGUGGGCAAACUCUUCCUGGACUUCCCCCACUUCCCCAGAACAAAAUUCAGUCCGUUUUGCUGCCUUACGCCCAGGAAAAUCGAGUUUUGACUGGUGUACCAAACCUGUAUGCUUCAAUUCAGCAGUUUCCAACACAACCUCAAAUUCAACGUCCACCGUUGGUCCAGAACCAAGUGUUACGGCCUCAGAAUGCAGCCCCACAUCCUUCUCUUCUUGUAAAUCCGCAGUUGCAGGCUGCAGGCUUUCAGCAACCUAGCUCCUCAAUGGCGUUCACCAUGCAUGAAAAUUUGGAUCUGAAACGACGUGCUUCGAAUGUCAUUGGGCCUUCAAGAGUUAGUGACACCAUAGACCAAGUUGAUAGUGCAUCAAAGUUGGUUAAAUUGAAUGGCGGACAAGCCAUCCCUUCUUCUCAGUCUGUAAACAUAAUCACACCAUUUUCGAGAGCAGAAGAGACUCCAAACUCUAAGAAGCAAGCUACACAGUUACAAGUCCUGGCCGAUGUUGACCCAGCCUUGCUUCAGCAAGUUCUGAGCCUAACGCCUGAGCAGCUUAGUUCCCUGCCGCCAGAUCAGCAGCAGCAAUUGAUCCAACUCCAGAAGAUGCUUCGGCAGGCAACUCACAUAUAUCACUGCAAGAUGGACAUUUUGGACAAUGAAUACAAAAACUACUGGGAAACAAAUAUGUUCCUGCAGUCGGAAGAGCUCGACAGUUGUUACCUAGAAGAGGCUGCCUUCUCGGGCUAUUACGACUCGAGCUCUCCCGAAGGAACGGCUUCCAAGAACAUAGUCUCCGAGAGGAAUAGGAGAAAGAAGCUCAAUCAAAAGCUGUAUGCGUUAAGAUCUGUGGUCCCCAACAUCACUAAGAUGGAUAAGGCGUCCAUCAUUAAAGAUGCGAUUGCGUACAUCCAAUCGCUGCACGAUGAGGAGAACAAAAUUAAAGCUGAAAUUUCGGAGUUAGAAUCAGCAGGCCAGCUGCCUUAUUCAUCCGACUGUUGGAAUAAUAAUAAUAAUAAUAAUAAUAAUAAUAAUUGGUCUAAUAAGCCAGUUAAGAGAACCAGAGUUGACGGUAAUAGCUCUAAUUCUUCUGGCUCGGGAUUGGUCCACGUGGCAUCUCCAAUUGAAGUUCUUGAGUUGAGAGUGUUGACCAUGGAGAAGGGGAUUGUGGUAGUGAGCUUGACAUGUUGUAAAAGAUCAUCAGACACAAUGGCUGAUGAAGAUGAGAAAAAUGUGGCGAGAUUAAAGAUAGAAGAUGCAAUAGCAAUUAUGAAUGGCCCAGACAGCCCUAUGAGCAUAUAAUUAAUAAAAAUAAGUCACUUUUUUUUUUUAUUACCUAUAAGUUCGUUAAGCAGAAGUUUUUCCACCCCAAUUGAAAAAAAAUAUAAUAUACCUUGCCUAGUUUAUUUUCUAAAUUUAAUUUUUGUUAUGUUCGUAAAUUAAGUAGUACAUUCCACUUUUAAUAAAAGGUGUUAGA